CGCGGAGAUAGAUUUUCUGUUCCCGACAAGGCUUUCACUUGUUGCUCACUGACAAGGGAUCCCGCAACCAAUACAGGUCGUAGGCGCGAUUAGACUGACAAGCUUUGGCGCUAAGGGGUUCUAAUUAACAUCAUGAGCUGUCAGUGAGGUGUUGGGCUUACCGUAGAAGGGGGGAAUUGAGUGAAAGGGAAGUACAGUGCUGAUGCAAGGAGAUAUAGUUGGUCAGGCGUAGUAGCCUCAUCCCCUGUCUUCUUCAGAGCAAGGAUGACAGUUUGCCACCAUUCCCCAUAUUCAAUCUCCUCUUGCUUGUUGCCCAGGUGGGCCACAAACACCGAAAUUGUCGGGGACCGCCGCUCAGCGGCGAGGGGCACAGACUCAUCAUUGAAAACAGGGCAUGUUCCUCCGAGCAAAUGAUCGGAAACACACGACAAACUCAUUUUCACUGGCCAGCCCUUUGAUUCUUGGCGCACAGAACACAGUUCUCAAUUACCGUCACACGUACUUCGCUGCUGAUUUGUGCCGGGACACUCAUGCUAUCCAUACACGUACCGAAGUCUCCACGGAACAGAUGAGGCAACAGUGCCGGUACCUUAAUCUUACUUUGUCCCUGUGCGAAUAUGUUUUUACACAAUAAAGUCGCAAAGAGCCCCAGCCUCACACAGACGAAAAAGUUAUAGUUGCCCAUGCGUUACGUGUACACUCAGUACGCAGCCAACGAAGUGCACAGAGCACCGGGGGACACGGUGCCGCAGCGUGACCGGUUGCAGACAUGUGACUUCAUUUCACUGAUGAAAACGAAAAGAUGUCUUUUCCUUGUCAAAAUACAACUUGCUGGAAAAAAACCCAGACACCUUAGCGGGCAGGUGGGCACCCCCCCUGCCCACAAGCGCCGCCAAGCUCAAAGGACACGACAGGGACCCCUUUCCUCUCACGUUUGUCCGUGGAUUGAAAUCUUCUCUGCCAUUCAGACCUGAAGUGUUCGUUUGCCUGAAAUGACGUUUUUGUGUCGCGUGUCCAUCGAGCAACACGGUACGAAUUUUCCCCUAGCACGCCCGCCCAUCAAGAGUGUUCCGAAAAAUCACAGCGGGGAUCGGAGUCAACGCCUCGGAGAUCAUACACCAGAAAAAACCAACGAAACAGACUCAAGAGGAAGCUCUUUUACUUCCUCAUCGCAUCACUACGAUGCCCAUCCUCUUCCUUUGGAAUGCCGCUGGCUAACAUUGGUUUUUAUUCUCAACCUAAGCUGCAAACACGCCCACUAUGCCCCACUCUCCCACCUUCAUCGAGAAUCUUCGCCGCCACUGAUGAGCAACAGCCGGUCUCCCGAAUCAAUCGACCUCAUUACACACUUAGUCUGUUUCUUCUUUUGUUCCCUGUUUUCUUCUGCGAAUCACAUUCAAAAUCCUUUGGCGGCUGUGGUUCACCCGCUAGCUUCUACACAAACACUGCGAUACCUUUUCGUUUUCCCUGUCAUGGGAUCUGCCACGCGGCUGCAGCCCCAGCGCUGCGUGUCUCUGUGCUGGAGACAGAGACCCGGCUGCCGUCUCAUUCUGUUUCUUCAUUGGUGAGCCCCCCUGUGCUUAUCCGUCGAUUGAAAGUUGACGAAACGGUUGCUUCUUCUGUUUUGCAUUGCCAAUAUUUCUCAGAGAAUCGCCCAAGCCCAGCCCCCUCAGUAGGACGCGAUUCUUUCAGAAAAGACACGAUGCUUCCGGUGGUAGCUUCAACGCAUGUCAACCCCGGCACCCUGUUGCCUUCAUACAGCUCAUUUGGAGGACAAGAUAUGACAAGGGCUGCCUUUUCGGUGGAAUCGACUCAACCAUCUCUCGGCGAUUCAACAGGUUUUCACUUUGUCAGCAACGUCAGACGGGAACUCGACUGCAAACAUGGAUGCAUGCGGCAGAACGAAGGCACACCAGCGCGUGUCUUGCUCUUUCGCUCCCAUUGGAUCCGAGAUCGAGAAAGAACUGCCAGUUCGCAUUUCAUGGAGCGUGGCGUCGUACCGGGACAACCAGCUAGCCAGCACACUUUUAAGCGCUUUCCACUUUGCCCACUUCCCUAGUCGUCUUUUCCCAGUUGUUUUGUGGCAGGGUGAACUCCAAGCUCCGUGCUGUCUCUGUAGAACCGCCAAGGUCCCAGAAACGGGACCUGGCACUGGCGGGAAGGAAACAAACUUUACGAAAGCAGACGCAGAAGAAAGCUCUACGAGUUUCCCUCAUUGUCAAACGAAGUGCACGAAAAGUGUUUCAGAUGUUGCUCAGGUCGAGAAGGGGGACGCCCACCAGGGAAAAAGGAGCCAGCGGAACAACACACUUGAGAGUAGCGAGGUAGAUGAGGAAAAUGGUGAUGCCGUAGAAUCCGUGAGUACAGAUGGAUACCGGGGACACGGUAAAGAGCCUCUCACAAGCUCAAAGAGCGGAAGGGAAGGAACCGCAGCCGCUCCUGACACUCGAUUCGAACCCGUCUCCCGUUCUGUCUCAUCUUGCGCGCAAAAACAACGGCGUCUGGAUGGGUGUCAUUGCUGGUGUCACACUUUCAAAGAGACUGUUUCCAGCUUCGCUUCACAGUCUAAUUUACUAGAGGCCCACCCCGUUGGAAGAGACUCUCGUCACCCGCGAGCUGCGGAUUCGGCAGAAGGUCGAGACGGGCAGAGCGCGUCGUACGAGAGAAUCUGGAGGUGGCAGGUGGAAAGAGGAAAACGUCUAACUGAAAGAAAGGAAACCGCAAAGUAUUUCCUGGUUCCCUGUGAUAAUGCGAGUGAAACAAAACCCCCUGCUGUCGAGCCUAACCCCGCAACAGCGGUUGGAGAGCCCCCGACAAAGAGCAACUUGAACGAGGAAUCCUUUGAUUUGUGGGAACUUGCACUUUUUAUUUGGCGUCGGCGGAUCGGUGCCGAUGCAAGCCUAUCGCAUCGACAGAGGAUUCUCGCGAGAAAAAAACGGGGCGGGAAACACUUCCCGAAUACUUCUGCUUUCUCGGGGGAAAACGCAUGCGACAUAAAGAGAGUGUGCGGAGAAAAGCAAAACGAAGGGACACAACGGAGAAAAACCUCGCUUGGAGCCCCAGAGAUGAGUGAGAGAGACACACGGGAGGCACAGCCGACACAGCCACAUCCACAGACAGCCCAGGAGCGGAACGGAAGGGCCUCGGCUUCGUUGUCCUCUUUCUCUGCUUCCUUCCCCGAUUCUGUGACUACGGCACUUCCUAUGUUGCCUCCUGGCUUCUCUCUUUCGCUGAAGAGAGUGGCAAUGAGACAGAUUAUCGACCUGCUUCCUCGAUGGCUGCAGAUGAGCUUGCUCGCCAGAAAACCCCCCUUUUCUCUUGAUGUCACGGAGGGCGUCGAAGAGAGUCACGAUGAGGAGGAUGCACACGAAGCAGCGACGGCUCGACACUUGCCUUUACGCUGCUACCUCCUGUCUGUUGUACUUCCUGCUCUUCCUUCUGAAGAGGACAAGGCGCGUUUCUCUUUUGUCGUGGAAGACUCGAGGAAAGGUGAAGACCAAGACAUAGGUCAACAGACAAGACAAAGAGAGCACAAACAAGAGACAGCCCACCAGCUACUUCGGAUUCCUGUUCUUGAACUUCUGAUGCCAAAGAUCAAGGAGAGACGCACCACAAGUAGAAUCGAUGCUACGAGCCGAGCACCGGUUUCCUCUUGUUCUUCCACUUCCUUUGAGUCCUCCGUGCAUGCUCCUUCUUGGCGGCCGCCUCUUUCCCGCUCUUCGCCUUUACCGGCUUCGUCGCCCUCUGAAUCAGAAGUACCUCCGGCCUCAAAACAAGUCUCAGAGAGAGAAGACAUCAGGCGUGCUUCAGGGAAAGGGGAAGAAGAGGACGUAGAUGCCCCAGACAGAGGAGACGACAGGAGAAGCGUGAGGAUUGAGGAAGAAGCAAGAGAAGACGAAGAGGAAGACGAACGAGCAUGCAUGCGCAUAGCGUUUCUUGACUGGCGAGAAAGCAGAGGGCCUUGUUUAGCGCGAGCCAUCUGCGAGUGGCUUUUGCCGGUGUCGCCGAGUCGAGAAGCACGAACAAGUGGAGAGGAAACGCGGCUCGAGCUUUUCCUCCAAACUGAUUCUCACAUGCGGUUUGCCCCCCAUUUUGAUUGCUUUCUCCUCCGCCAGCUGAAACUUGCAGCGGCUCUUUCGGCUGAGAGAAGACGAGCUCAAGCGUCUUCGCAGUCUACCCAUUCUUCCUUUUCACCGCAUCGGGGUGCCUCUUCUUCUGGUACAUCCUUCGAUCUUCUUCGCUCUGCAUGCAGUUCGUUGCUUCUAACGGAAAAAGUCAUCUUGACAGGAUACCCCCCUGGCUACGAGGAAGGAACGCCGUUCUUUGAGUAUCCUCGGCCUCCUCAGACGAGCGGACAGGAGGCAUUUUCCUCGUUUUCGAAUUGCCUGUCUGAGGCUUGUGCUGCUCCGUCUUUGAUUUCACUGUUGCCACCAGCACAGACUCUCUCCUCCCUUCCACCUGUCUCUUCGUCUACCUCUUCAUCUUUUGCGUCUUCAGCUUGUCUCUCUUCUUCUACUUCUUCGUCCUCCGCCUCUUCCGCUUUCCCGACUUCUACGUCUUCCUUCAGUUCUUCACCAAGCUCUUCUUCUACUUCUUAUCUUUCUCCUUUUACUUCUUCUGCUUCUUCUUCAUCUCCCACUUUGACUUCUUGUUUCACUGCUUCUUCGUGUGAUUCUUGGUGCUCAAGCAGCGAGGCUGAGAGGUCCGGAGUGGUGGAUGGACCCGCUACACUUUGCCCUCAGCAGGUCUGUAGCUCGAGUUCAGCUGAAGUCUCUCCUGUUGCUCGUGGGAUCCAGGACAGUCGCGAUCUCGUUCUCCCGCUGCAAGCAAAAAUAAACGAAGGGAAGGAGAAAAAAAUCCUGACGGUCGGGAGGGACGAGACAGGCGAAGGAGAAAAGAAUGCCGAAUACGAGACCCUCAACGAGAUUCCGAGGCUAAGCUUCCCCGAAACAUACUUUCCGGGGAUUCUUUUAUGUGCAGGACACUUUGACAGAAACGGCUUGCUUCGUACCAAAGGCCGAAUGCUGCGAGUUCCAGGUCCAACCUUGAAGGCGGCAUGUAUGGGGUCAGGAGGAGCAGGGCAGGGGUCGACGAGAAAAGAGCAUAUCAUCGACGAUGGAUGUUCGUCUCUGCUGGCCUCGUCGCCACCUAUCCCUUCGCCUUCUACCUCGCUGUCUUGCGCGUCGUCUUCGUUUUCCGAUGCUUCCACAGUUCCACUUUCUUUCCCUUCGUCGGAGAGUUCCGGCCUGGGCGUUGACGCGAGAGAUGUUCCAGAAAAAACGACACAUCGCUUGAACCAGGUGACAGCCUGCUCCUGUCCCUGCCUCCAUUGCUGCGGGUUUGCAGAGGCCGCAUGUGGCGCGAGCGAGGGAGGCCCUUCGAAGCCUGCAGAAUCCGCACCGCCGUCCUUCCUAGCUUCCUCUGAUCUGUCUGCUGCUCGGUCGUCGCCUUCUUUUUUCGCGCCUCCGUCUUCUUCUGGAUCUUUGAAUUGUUUUCGCCCUCUCGAGUCUCUGUUUUGGGCAGCAGGUUUCUCCUUUGGUCCGGCGCGUGUGACUCGAGAAGUGGGAUACGACCCUCGGCUUCACUUUGUGUUCUUUGGGGAAGAGCAAACGAUGACGCUGCGGCUGUUCACGCACGGCUGGUCUUUCUACGCCCCGCGGUUUUCUGUCGUCUUUCAUCUCUGGACGCGAGCGCGUCGGCCUUUCUUCAAAGCGGAUCUCUUUCGUCUCUUAUCCGAAGACGGAGAUAAGAGAAACGAGAGGACGACCGGAAGAAAGAGGCGCUGCACUCAACAAGCGAAAUCCGUACUCAGUGCGCAUGUGCCCCUCCAUAAGACUCGAGACACUACGGAGACCGACUCGUGGAGAACGGUACACGAGAAUGAGACAGGAGACACUCCCACCACCACCAGAGACAUCCGCGAAGAGACGCUGCCUCGUCCUAUAGAUGCCGCCCUUUGCUUCUCUCACGUCGCUGUCUCUAAAUCGCCACUGUGUCCUUCGCAGAGUGCGUCUUUCACAGAAGAGCUUCCUACCCCGGCUCCUCCUCUGUCCUCUCCGUCCUCGUCGUCUUUGUCUCUUUUUUUUCCUCCACGUCUUUCUUCUUCGUCGUCUCGUCCUUCGUUGGCCGAGAUGCUUUCUCCAGGGGAGGCGCGCGUGCAUCGCAUUCUGUCUGCAACAGCUGAGUCGACCACCGCUGCCGAUCUGUGCUCUCUGGGGCUUGGGUCACAGAGGCGCCCGGAGUCUUUUUGGAGAGAAAUUGACGUGGACGCGGCGAAAAAGGUGAUUUCCCGAAGAGCCCGAAACGGUGGCUACAGUGAAGACAUCUUUCAAGUCACUGCCGAAGAGCACCGGGCACAGCGCGAAGGUGUUCAGUUACUUCUUUCGCUUUUGACAGAGCGGAAGAAGGACAUGUAGCUGAGAGGGUCGAGUCGCGGACACGGGGUUCGGGCAAAUCUGUCGUUAUUUUACAUAGGUCACUUCUGGCACAACGAGAUCAUGCCAGUGCCGAGAAGGGAGGUGGUUGCAAGCAAGGGCAUUUUCAGCCGGUUGGGUCUAACCAUAGACCAGUCCGGCAAUAAGGUAUAAGGCAGUAGCGAAUCUACCGUACAAGGUGUAUGUUGCUUGUAGAAUAACAAGAACUUAGAUCGACACAAAAAAGGUAAAAUUUCCCAUUCCACGCAACAUGUCGAACAAAUUAAUCUUUGUCGGGAAGCUGUUGCGAUGCGGAUUCGCGAGAGAACACACUUAGGAUUAACG